CAUCACUCCUACAUCUCACAACAACUCUUGCCACUACGAAAUAACCUCCACCCGCCCUUGUAAAUACCCUCAAUUUGACAGUCUCAGCAUCAAAAUGGGUUGUGCAAGUAGGAGACGCACGACUGAGGGGUUCGCGCGUGAAUACGAAGCCGAAGAUGCAAAUCACGUUUCUUGGAGACCUAUCGUCAUGGUUGCCAUGAUGUUGUUCAUUGAUGGCCUCGGUUACGGCAUGUCUCUAGCUCCUCAAACGCAGCUAUUCGAGAACAUCGUUUGUCGACAGUAUUACAAAGUCAACAGCACUGGCCUUGUUGGCAGGCCCUCCGAAGAAAUGUGUAAAGACCCUGCCGUUCAAGAUGUUGUGGCGGAACUAUUUGGUUGGCAAACAUUCUUCGACGGCAUUCCCGGCUUGGUACUGGCUAUUUGGUUUGGCGUUCUUGCCGACAAGCAGGGCCGGAGACGAGUUCUGUUCCUCAGCCUUGUUGGCCAAGUCUUGGGCGCUUGCUGGGUUCUCUUCAUCUGUUGGGCGGAGUUCCCCCUCAAACUUAUUUGGCUGUCCUCGGCUUUUCUCGUUAUUGGGGGCGGGAGUACCGUAACUGGUGCUGUGUCUAUGAUGAUUAUCACAGAUGCAUCACCUGAAAAGUAUAGGUCGAACAUUUUCUUCUACGCCCAGGCGGCUCUAAUUGUGGCGGAACUCGUUGGCCCAGCGACAGGAUCUCUCUUAAUGACCAACAGCCUAUGGCUUCCUUUACUCCUGGGAUUGGGUUGCACGGUCAUCACUUCUAUCCUCGCUGGAACGAUCCCAGAAACUCUCCAUCGUCGCGAAGGAGGGGCAAUUGAAUCGGAACAUGAAGACCUCUCCGACGAUCUAAGUCUCCAAAGGACACUUCGAAGACUGCUCGAGCAUGUAUACAAGACUCUCAAAUUCAUCGCCAGCCAUCGAAGCGUCUUGUUCCUAGUUUUAACAUUUCUAGUGGUUGACUUCUCACGACAAUCGCUGGGCGUUCUGUUACAGUAUUUGUCAACUAGGUACAGCAUACCUAUUGCCAAGGCCAGCAUUCUUCUGUCGGUCCGGGCUUUUGCACAGCUUGUUACCUUCAUCGCCAUCUUGCCUCUUUUAGACCUUUUCGUUUCUAAAAAACUAGGCCUUUCUGCAAGAGUAAAGGACUUUUUGCUUUCACGACUUAGCAUCGCAUUUAUAAUGAUAUGCUUUGCAAUUUUAGUCCUGGCUCCAAACCUUUCAGUUGUUGUUAUUGGUCUGGCGUUUUAUACUCUUGGAAAUGGGUUUAGCUCUUUUGCUAGAUCACUGCUUAGCUCCCUGAUUGAAAAGGACAUGGUUGGAACGCUGUUUACAACGCUUUCCAUGAUGGACACACUGGGCUCCUUGCUUGCAGGCCCUAUCGUUGCUAAAACCUUCAGCUGGAGUUUGAGACUUGACGGAAUUUGGAAAGGAAUGCCUUACGUCAUGUCCUUCAUCAUCUGUGGAUUGGCGUCAAUCGCACUCUCCCGGGCUGGGUCGGGAGGCUUGCCUGAUAAGCACGUUGAUGACGACGAGGAAAGCAGAUCUUUCCUCGCCCGCGACUCCUCGGCAAGCUGACAAGAUUAGCCACAAGUUUCUAAAUUUCAGACUCCCGAAAGCUUAUUUUUGUCUCAAUGCUCGAGAACAACCCCUUGGCAUGUCAUGAAUGGGGGCGAAUUGUAAUGCUUGCAGCAAUUAUGUUUUCAUGCAAGCAAUGUGACUUGAUAAGAAUACAUCUUAGUUCAUUAGUUAAAAUAUUGAUAUCUUACCCU